UCAUCCGGCCAAAUUAUGAGUUCAUUGUAUUAUGCGAAUGCUUUAUUUUCUAAAUACCCGGCCGCGGGCUCGGCGCUCGCCGCCGCCGGAGCCUUCCCCGAGCAAACUUCGUGCGCGUUCGCCGCCAGCCCCGCGCGCCCCGGCUAUGGCGCGGGCGCCUCCUCCUUCGCCGCCGCGGUGCCGGGCCUGUACCCCGGCGGCGGGGGCGCGGCGGGCGCAGGCGGCGUCUACGCGGCCGGCUACGGGCUCGAGCCGGGUUCCUUCAACAUGCAUUGCGCGCCCUUUGAGCAGAGCCUCUCCGGGGUGUGUCCCGGCGACUCCGCCAAGGAGCAGAGGGACUCGGAGCUGGCGGCCCAGAGUAACUUCCGGAUCUACCCCUGGAUGCGGAGCUCAGGAACUGACCGCAAGCGAGGCCGCCAGACCUACACGCGCUACCAGACCCUGGAGCUGGAGAAGGAAUUUCACUACAACCGCUACCUGACCCGGCGGCGGCGCAUCGAGAUCGCGCACGCCCUGUGCCUCACCGAGCGCCAGAUCAAGAUCUGGUUCCAGAACCGGCGCAUGAAGUGGAAGAAGGAAAACAAGACUUCGGGGCCCGGGAUCUCGGAGCAGGGCAAGCUGGAGGCAGACGAGGAAGAGGAGGAGUAAGAGGCAGAGGAAGAGAGAGAGACACAGAGAGGAGGAGAGAGAGGGAGAGACAGACAGAGAGAGAGAGAGAGACAGAGAGAGAGACAGAGAGAGAGAGAGAGAGAGAGAGAGAGAGAGAGAGAGAGAGAGCCGCCCAGUUCUGGGAACUGAACUUGGAAACUCUGUCAAAUAGGAAAAAUAAAAUAAAAACUAUUUAAACAUAAAGCAAUUUUAAACAAAUCAAGGAGAAAGGUGAAUUUCUGGUUUCUAGACACUGUAAAAAAAAUACUACCUAAAGGAGAGUCUGUGGGUCUGUUUUUGUACAAUGUGGGGAGAGCACAUCUCCCUGUGUCGUGGCUUUCUGACUCCCCCGCUUUUCUACGUUGCUCUUGUAAGGUCUUUGUACAGUCUCGCUGUUUUGUAAGCCUCCUUUGAUGCCUGCUCUGUGGACGCUGGGUCUGGACUAACUGCUGGCUCCCACCCGCCCUCCAGAGCCGCUUGCCUUCCCAGUAGCAGAGCCUCAGGGCCUGGAGCCCUGCAGCUCCGCCGACUGACCGGCCCACUAGCUCCUGUGUCCAUGCGACUGACCGCUGCCCCUUGCGCCCAGUGCCUGCCACCCUUCCUUUUUACAUUCUGCGUGUAUCGGAAUGAUGCAAAAAUAAAACAUGAUUAAACAGGA